CCCCUUCCGCCCUCGCUGACCCUGUCAGCUUCGGCGGGGUCUAGAGCCCGGGAUGGCCGCGGUUGGUGACCGUGGUGGGCGGGAGGCGGCCUGCGGGCAUGACAGCUACCGUUCGCCGCUUGCUUCCCGUUAUGCCAGCCCGGAGAUGUGCUUCCUGUUUAGCGACAAGUACAAAUUCCGGACCUGGCGGCAGCUCUGGCUGUGGCUGGCGGAGGCCGAGCAGACACUGGGUUUGCCUAUCACAGAUGAACAAAUCCAGGAGAUGAAAUCAAACCUGGACAACAUUGACUUCAAGAUGGCAGCUGAAGAGGAGAAGCAGUUACGACAUGAUGUGAUGGCCCACGUGCACACGUUUGCCCACUGCUGCCCCAAAGCUGCCGGCAUUAUCCAUCUUGGCGCCACCUCCUGCUAUGUGGGAGACAAUACAGACCUGAUUAUUCUCAGAAAUGCAUUUGACCUGCUUUUGCCAAAGCUUGCCAGGGUGAUCUCUCGGCUUGCCGACUUUGCCAAGGAACAAGCCGAUCUCCCCACCUUAGGUUUCACACAUUUCCAGCCUGCUCAGCUGACCACAGUUGGGAAACGUUGCUGUCUCUGGAUUCAGGAUCUGUGCAUGGAUCUCCAGAACCUGAAACGUGUCCGGGAUGAGCUGCGCUUCCGAGGCGUGAAGGGUACCACUGGCACCCAGGCCAGCUUCCUGCAGCUCUUCGAGGGAGAUGACCAAAAGGUAGAACAGCUUGACAAGAUGGUGACAGAAAAGGCAGGAUUCAAGAGGGCUUUUAUCAUCACAGGGCAGACCUAUACACGAAAAGUAGAUAUUGAGGUGCUCUCUGUGCUGGCUAGCUUGGGGGCAUCGGUGCACAAGGUUUGUACCGACAUACGACUCCUGGCAAACCUCAAGGAGAUGGAGGAGCCCUUUGAAAAACAGCAGAUCGGCUCAAGUGCAAUGCCAUACAAGCGGAACCCUAUGCGCUCAGAGCGGUGCUGCAGCCUGGCCCGGCACCUGAUGGCCCUUGUCAUGGACCCCCUGCAGACGGCAUCUGUGCAGUGGUUUGAACGCACACUCGAUGACAGUGCCAACCGACGUAUCUGUUUGGCGGAAGCAUUUCUCACUGCAGAUACUGUACUGAAUACGUUGCAGAACAUUUCUGAAGGAUUGGUGGUAUACCCCAAAGUCAUUGAGCGGCGCAUUCAGCAGGAGCUGCCUUUCAUGGCCACAGAGAACAUCAUCAUGGCCAUGGUGAAAGCCGGGGGUGACCGCCAGGAUUGCCAUGAGAAAAUCAGAGUGCUCUCGCAGCAGGCAGCUGCCGUGGUCAAGCAGGAAGGGGGUGACAAUGACCUCAUCGAGCGCAUCCAGGCUGAUGCCUACUUCAGUCCAAUCCACUCCCAGUUGGACCAUUUGCUGGAUCCUUCUUCUUUCAUCGGCCGUGCAUCUCAGCAGGUACAGAGAUUCUUAGAAGAGGAGGUGUGUCCCCUGUUAAAACCAUAUGAAAGUGUGAUGAAGGUGAAGGCAGAAUUACGUCUGUAGAGUUGGAAGAGAAUUAAACUAAAACCAUUGUUGGCUCUGUUAACUUUUAUUGCCGAGUCAUAAAAACUAUUACUCUAGUGCCAUGUUUUAUUUCAGGAACUGUUACCAUAAAUUAAUAUGGCACUUUUUUUCUUUCCAUGGUGCUUUCACAUUUCUUACAUUUGCAAUGCAGAAAUAAAUUGCAUUGUAGUUGGACUCUGUUUUUCACAGCAACACAAGUUUGCAUAAUAAAUGUAGCUCAUAGUUUGCACUCUA